UGCGGCUGGAGCAGGCGGCCACGCUGAAGGCGCUGGCGGUGCUUAGCCUGCUGGCGGGCGCCCUGGCGCUGGCUGAACUGCUGGGCGCGCCGGGUCCCGCGCCUGGCCUCGCCAAGGGGUCUCACCCCGUGCACUGCAUCCUCUUUCUGGCGCUGUUUGUGGUCACCAAUGUCCGAUCCCUGCAGGUGUCCCAGCUGCAGCAGGUCGGUCAGCUGGCGCUGUUCUUCAGCCUCACCUUCGCGCUACUCUGCUGCCCCUUCGCGCUGGGUGUCCCGGCGAGGGGUUCUGCGGGAGGCUCAAUGGGAGUCGCGGUUGCUGAGCAGGGGGUUUGGCAACUCCUUUUGAUCACCUUCGUGUCCUAUGCCUUGCUGCCCGUGCGCAGCCUACUGGUCAUCGGCUUCGGGCUUGUGGUGGCUGCCUCUCACUUACUAAUCACAGCCGCCUUGGUCCCUGCCAAGCGCCCACGUCUCUGGAGGACGCUCGGUGCCAAUGCCCUGCUCUUCGUGGGUGUGAACAUGUAUGGCGUCUUCGUGCGCAUCUUGACGGAGCGCUCACAGAGGAAGGCCUUUCUGCAGGCUCGAAGCUGCAUCGAGGACCGACUGCGGCUGGAGGAUGAGAAUGAGAAGCAGGAGCGGCUGCUUAUGAGCCUCUUGCCCCGGAAUGUCGCCAUGGAGAUGAAGGAAGACUUCCUGAAGCCCCCUGAGAGGAUUUUCCACAAGAUUUACAUCCAGAGGCACGACAACGUGAGCAUCCUGUUUGCAGACAUCGUGGGGUUCACAGGCCUGGCAUCCCAGUGCACGGCCCAGGAGUUGGUGAAACUGCUCAACGAACUCUUCGGCAAGUUCGACGAGUUAGCCACGGAAAACCACUGUCGCCGCAUCAAGAUCCUAGGGGACUGCUACUACUGCGUGUCGGGCCUCACCCAGCCCAAGACGGAUCACGCCCAUUGCUGUGUGGAGAUGGGACUUGACAUGAUCGAUACCAUCACAUCUGUGGCUGAGGCUACUGAAGUAGACCUGAACAUGCGUGUGGGGCUACACACCGGCAGGGUGCUCUGUGGUGUCCUGGGCCUACGCAAGUGGCAGUACGAUGUAUGGUCCAACGACGUGACCCUGGCCAAUGUCAUGGAGGCUGCUGGCUUACCUGGGAAGGUUCACAUCACAAAGACGACCCUCGCAUGCCUGAAUGGGGACUACGAAGUAGAGCCAGGUCACGGCCACGAGAGGAACACCUUCCUGAGAACCCACAACAUCGAGACCUUCUUUAUUGUUCCGUCCCAUCGGAGAAAGAUAUUUCCAGGCUUGAUUCUCUCCGAUAUAAAACCAGCCAAGAGGAUGAAGUUCAAGACUGUCUGCUACCUGCUGGUGCAGCUCAUGCAUUGCCGGAAAAUGUUCAAAGCGGAGAUCCCCUUCUCCAACGUAAUGACCUGCGAGGAUGAUGACAAGCGGAGGGCGUUGAGGACAGCCUCGGAGAAGCUCAGAAACCGUUCAUCUUUCUCUACCAAUGUGGUCUACACCACUCCGGGCACACGUGUCAACAGGUACAUUAGCCGUCUUCUUGAAGCCCGCCAGACAGAACUGGAGAUGGCAGAUCUGAACUUCUUCACCCUGAAGUAUAAACACGCUGAACGAGAGCAAAAAUACCACCAGCUUCAGGAUGAGUACUUCACCAGCGCUGUUGUCCUCGCCCUCAUCCUGGCCGCCUUAUUUGGGCUUGUCUACCUUCUGAUAAUUCCACAGAGUGUGGCUGUCCUGCUGCUGCUGGUGUUUUCUAUCUGCUUCUUGGUGGCCUGUAUCCUGUACCUGCACAUCACGCGGGUCCAGUGUUUUCCAGGGUGCCUGACGAUCCAGAUUCGCACUGUUUUGUGUGUAUUCAUAGUGGUCUUAAUCUACUCAGUAGCCCUAGGAUGCGUGGUGGGCUGCCUGCCCUGGGCCUGGAGCUCCCAGUCCAACAGCUCCCUAGUGGUCCUUGCAGCUGGCGGCCGGCGCACUGUGCUGCCUGCCCUGCCCUGUGAGUCUGCGCACCAUGCCCUGCUCUGCUGCCUGGUGGGCACCCUCCCACUAGCCAUAUUCCUGCGGGUGUCCUCCUUGCCAAAGAUGAUCCUGCUGUCCGGGCUGACAACAUCCUACAUCCUUGUCCUGGAGCUCAGUGGAUACACCAAGGUUGGGGGUGGUGCUCUCUCCGGGCGUAGCUAUGAGCCAAUCAUGGCUAUCUUGCUAUUCUCGUGCACACUGGCCCUGCAUGCCAGGCAAGUGGAUGUCAGGCUGCGGCUGGACUACCUCUGGGCAGCACAGGCCGAGGAGGAGCGUGAUGACAUGGAGAGGGUGAAGCUGGACAACAAGAGGAUCCUCUUCAACCUCCUGCCGGCCCACGUGGCGCAGCACUUCCUCAUGUCCAAUCCCCGGAACAUGGACCUCUAUUACCAGUCCUACUCCCAGGUGGGCGUCAUGUUCGCCUCCAUCCCCAACUUCAAUGACUUCUACAUCGAGCUGGACGGCAACAAUAUGGGGGUCGAGUGCCUGCGGCUCCUCAACGAGAUCAUUGCCGACUUUGAUGAGCUCAUGGACAAGGACUUUUACAAGGACCUGGAGAAGAUCAAGACCAUUGGGAGCACCUAUAUGGCCGCCGUGGGGCUGGCGCCCACAGCAGGAACCAGAGCUAAGAAGUCAAUCUCUUCCCACCUGAGCACACUGGCAGACUUUGCCAUCGAUAUGUUUGAUGUCCUGGAUGAAAUCAACUACCAGUCCUACAACGACUUUGUUCUCCGAGUCGGCAUCAACGUUGGCCCUGUGGUGGCGGGAGUGAUCGGCGCUCGCAGGCCCCAGUACGACAUCUGGGGAAACACAGUCAAUGUGGCCAGUCGGAUGGACAGCACUGGGGUCCAGGGCAGAAUCCAGGUGACUGAGGAGGUCCACCGGUUGCUGAAGAGGUGCGCGUACCAGUUUGUGUGCAGAGGCAAAGUCAGCGUCAAGGGCAAGGGAGAGAUGCUAACGUACUUUCUAGAAGGCAGGACUGAAGGAAACAGUUCCCAUGGCAGGACCUUUCGUUUGGAGCGGAGAUUGUGUCCUUAUGGAAGAGGUGGAGGUCAGCCCAGACGGCCCCCACUGUGUCCUGCAGCCGGACCCCCGAUCAGACCGGGGCUUCCCCCAGCCCCCACUAGCCAGCACCUGCCAUCCACAGCAGCAGGGAAGGAAGCCUAGUGGAGCUCACGGGUCACUGGAGAUGCAUGCAAAACAAGAGUGCUCCAGGGUGACACCAGCCACCAUGGCUCCAAGACCAGCCAGAGGAGCAGUUGCCACGCGACUUGGCUGGAGAAGAAGCAUUGGCCUGGGGCCAAUGGGAGAUGUGCCCAAGACACCCACUUGGGCAUACGGAGCCCUGUCUCUUCCUAGUGACCUGGUGAUGCCCGGCUAGUGUUGGCAUGUUGGGACCUUAGGAAUAAUCUUCCACGGUCAUAGCAAAAACUAUGAAGGUCCAGCUGGCAGAGGAGCCCACCAUGACUGAGCCUCAAGUCAACCUGGCUUAUGGGUAACUUCAGCCCUCGUAGGCCCUGGCUUAUGGGUGGCUCCAGCCCUCGUAGGCCGUGGUUUAUGGGUAGUUCCAACCCUGGGUAGCAGUUUUGAGUGCCAGACUGGGAAGUGGGCCCCGCUGGGCAGGGCCACGACAGCUGAGCUAUUCAUACCAUGGGCACAGCUUAGAGCUGGUCAGGUCUUGGACAGGACAGAACAGGAAGCAUUGAAAAGCCACCUCUUACUGCAUGAAGAGUAACGUUGCUGGCUUUCCUCAAGAGUAGGCUUUUGCCAACAGCCAGAGGCAGGUCUUCUGGAAUCCUCGGGGUCCCUCCAGCCCCACUCCUAGCCUCCUGGCCUGUGCAUUCUCUUCCAACCCCACCUGCCUGCUGGAUUCUGACUCCCGUGACAGUGGGCCCUCCUCUUCCGGUGCCAUCGCUACGCAUUCAGAGAAGAGGGGUGUAUGCUGACUUGCCUUCUCUGUGGUGUCUUGGACACUGUGAGUGUAACAAGAAUCAAGCCUUCGUUUAUGCUAAGAGUGGUCGACCAUGCUACCCACAAGCACUUUCCUUGCUGGAAGACAUCGUUUCUCUGGUAUAACCAUUCCUCCUCUUGGGGGCUUCAGAGUUGGCAGAGUGUGUGUUCCUGAGCCUUAGGUGUGGUGUCCCUGCUCCAGAGUGAAGGGAAAGAGUGUCCCUGUUGACAGGGCGUGGGGUGGGGGUCUCCCGUCUACGCUUCCCUGUCUGCAGCUGAGAUGAAAACCACAAGUGUGGGAGACAGGAGCCUGGAAGAGCUGCUAAGAAGCCGUGGGCCAGAAAUAGCUGGAUGAAAUCUGGAAAUACGCAGCCUCACUCACAGGAAGGGAGGCAGCCUGCAAGCAGAGCAGGUGGGCACAGCCCAUGGCUGUGGAGGCCCAUCUUCUCAUGCUCCCCAAGGGCUUUCCCCCUUCCGAGGGUCCUGUCUUCUUAGACUGAGGCAGAGCAAAACCCAGCCUUCAGCAGCAGGGCGCAUAUGUGGGGUCCCUGGUCCUCAACUCCGCGCUGGCUCAAGUGUGUGGCCCUGCCGGGGCCUGGGUAGGUCAGUCAGCUAUCCAUGGGAGACUCAGGUGGCAUGUGGGUAGGAAGAAAGUGUCAAGCAAGGGAGAGCUAGAGGCUGGCUGCAAAGUUUCCAAGCAUCUGAGACUGUAGACUGCACUAUAGGCGCCCUCAGGUGGGCGUGGGGCAGCUGUGGAGACUGAACAUUCUCUUCACGCUGGAACUUGUGGUUGAUGCUAAAGGGAGCCUCUGACACUGUCUGCAGAGGAGCUCUGACCUGUGCCCACCCUGCUUUGCUGCCCUUCUGAUGAUACCAGGCAGUGUGGCUAUCGUUUGCUGCCUUUCUGGCACCCUACUCUGGCUAGACCCCAGAGUGGGGGCCAGACCCACCUCAGCACUCCAGUGCAGCCUUCAGGGCUGGAGAGUGGCUCGCUUCACCCUCUUCAGGUGGUCAUGUCUGGUUCUUGGGGCUUGGGGUUUUGGGAUAGCAUUGCUGGGGGUGCUGACUCCAGUAGAGGAGAGGGCAGGGGGGAGUCUUUGCAUUUCUCCCGUGGUCCAGAAUUCCAUCAGAGAUUGCAUUUAUGGGAAAGUUUCAGACUGUUGGGGAGGUGGGGCUCUGAGGACAGAUUUCAUCUGAGCCAGAUCCUGGCUAGGGCAGGCAACUCUCUGUAGCGCCCGUCUCCUGUCUGCUCUCUUGUUUGCCUGACCUUGGUACAAAUAGUUUUUCCUCAUGGGCUUCGUUUUCACUAGGACUUUCUUACCUGUCUGUCUGUCUUAACCGGAUUUGAAGCAGUCAGCUUAGACAGGAGCACCCAGAGCAAGUGAGUACAUUGUGGCCGCGGUUCUGCGGGCUGUGGUGCCAUCCCUGGUCUUCUAGGUCAUUAAGAAUGGCAGAAAACCGCAAGCAUGGCCUGGGUUUCCUCAGAGUGGCUUCUGGGCCUCCAGAACUGCUGUUGUUCUGGGCUGUCCAGGAAAUGGACAGAGGGGUGGUUCUCAAAGCUGCCCACGUGAUAGUCCCAGGACCUGUGUGUUUGUCCUUUCUGUCAGCCAAGGAGCUUCACAAGGGGAAUUAGGGUAGCCGCUGAAGGGUAAGCAAGGAUUCUAGACUGCACCGGUGGGGUUGGUGCAGACACAUGGACUCUCAGAAGUCAACAGAAGGAUGGAUAGGCUGAGAGAGGCAUGGAGCACACACUGAGGAGACCCAUGAGGAGAACACAGCUCCAGCCAAGCAAGAAGCCAGGAUGUCACUCCCACAACCACAGGGGGGACUGAAAUUGGCCCUGAGUAAGCAGGCAGAGCAUCAGAGCCAUCAGGGAGGAACCCCGCGACACCCGGAUCUGACCUCUAAGACUCUGAGCAGAGCCAGCCAAGGCCGGUAGCACUGCACUCACACGGAGUGUGCAACACUCACACGGAGUGUGCAAAGUGGAGGUAACACGGGUGCUUGGGCAGAGCUACUCACGGCGUGAUCAGAGCAAGAGAAAGCAACUGUAGAGGGUGACAUUGCCUUCUCUGGGCACAGAACCGUUCUGAAGCAGACCACACAGGAGCCUUGGCUGGGUCUCUUCUUCAGGGGCGACAUCUCCAUCAUCAGCAGUUCCAACCCCGCCUACUUCUUAUGAGGUCAGGAUCCACACCUGCAGCCAUAAUGUUCCUCGGGGUUUGGUGAUAAACGAUUUUCUUUUUAUUUGUGAUAAAAAUGUAUUAUAUUGCCUUAUUUAUUUUUAAUCUUGUACAGUAUUCAUGUACAAAUGUUAGAGCCACUUGGGUAGGAUUCUCUCCAAAUUAUUUAUUUUAAGAUGCUCUGUAAAUAGUGCACCAGUUACAGGUGCUUCCUGUCCACUUGUACCAAAAAUGAGGAAAAGCCUGGCACCCGUGUCAGCCCCUGCUUGUGAUGCUUUGGCCCUUGGGAAAUGACCCCGUUUGUGUUCCCUUCUCAACCCCAGCAUGCCUCCCGUGCCUGACAUCGUAGAAUAGAACACAGCCCCCAGAAUGCUUCCAAAUGCUUCCACGGGCUGUGCCAACCUGGGACGGUCUACUCCUGGAGCGUCUAUACCUUCAGGUGUGUGUCCCCACACAUCCAGCAACCCAGUUGUUUCUCAGACUCCAAAGCCACCAGGGCUUCCGGACCCCUUCUGUCAUAGAAGCAAUAACCAUAACUCUAUACUGCAGAGACAAGUUUGGCCCAAGCAGAUUGAUACUUCGGAAUCUACCCGUGCAUGUGAGUUUGCUAUAAAGGACUGACAUUCCAGGUCCCCACCCCUCCCAGAAGGCCCAGCUCUAGCUUCUUGGUUCCUAGAGCCAGGAUUGGUACCCCAGAUAGCUAAGCAGAUUGAGCCAACCACCAGUCCUGGGCCCCAUACUAUUACUAAGGGAUAAAACUUAGGGCAGCCACAUUAUCCUGGAUCUGUACCUACCCUCGAAUCAUGAUGCUCCGUGUGACUGACCGUAAUGGUUUCUUUCAGCUGUGUGAGCAUCAAAUCGAAAUGGUUUGUUUCAGUGGUGUGAGCAUCAAAAGGUGACAUUUCCAGGCACUUGUGGAAUGCCAUCUAAAGAAAACGGUGCCAUAUUCAAGGUUGCACUUCUCACCCUGAUCAGUGCCAUCCUGGUGGGAGAAGGGCUCUGUGUUGGAGCGGGCCAUCCCUGAGGGUAUAAGAGGAAAGGGCUAGGAAGGGAGCCCUGACUAGCAUCGAGGAUUCAGGCUGUGGGCUCAGCUGGCAGAUGUGAUUAGCCUCCAGAGACCUCACAUUUUAUUUAUGUGCAACCCUAAGGACACUUGUGCCAUAACAAGCACUGGCAGCAGCCUGCAGAGGCUGUGUGAAUGGCUUGCUUCCAUGCACUGGGUGCGAGGCGAGCAGUUUGGAUUGUGGAAGUAGGGAAGGUUUCAGUUGAGUCUCCCAGCCGUCACCAUUCUCAUCAAGGUUAAGUUCUAGGGCUCUCCGCGUCCCAGGCAUCUCGUUCACAGCCCGUACAGAGCUUCAGUCAGUGGGCGUUGGGAGUGGGGGUUACAGAGCAAGUGUGUACCUUUCACAGCAAGCAAGCAGUGGCAGGGAAAGAACGUUCCUACGUGUCCUGCUCUCGCACCAACACCACGAGAGGCUGCAGAAGCGAUGCUGGUGUAUUACUUUCUUAAAUGGCUAUACAUACGUGACCCCCAGAAACGGACUUGCUCAUGCUUUUCAGUGGCUCCACUUUUAGUGUGCUCUCCCAUGCACAUAUGUAUGUGCACACACACACACACACACACACACACAUAAACAAAGCAAAAAACAAAACCCCCCUCCUCCCAGGUGUUUGGCUUGGUAAAACUAAUAAGGAACAAAUCUGGCAUCUUGAAUGUUAUGUGGGCCCCAAAGCAUCUUGCUUCUCCAACUGCCAUUGGCUUUGAAUGUUUCCAUUUUGGAUUUGAACCAGUAGUUCCUCAUUUUCAUUUACAACUGCAGGCUUGGGCAUAGGUUGACGAUUAAAAAUGUGUGGGUGUCAGUGUGUGUGCUUGCUUUGGGAUGUUCACAGCUGGCAGGAUGGAUAUGGUAGAAAUGGAUGCACUUUGGCACUAAGCAACUCCUGGUGCCUAUUUGGUCAGCUGGUACCACAAGACACCAGUGUGGAUCCAGAGGCACACGGCCUAGAAUCCAGGAACCUUUUUAGGUUCCUGGGAAGGCAGACGGUGUGAGGCCUGGUCAGAGGAUCUCUGCCUGGAGGGUAGGGUGAGGACAGAACUGAAGGGCAUGCUCAGGAAGGCUUCUGCAGCUCACUGGAAGGAGGAUUCUGGAGAGUUUGAUUUCCACAUCUGGAUGAUCUGUGGUGGCCUAGUCCUGCUGCUGGCUGACAUCAGCUGCACAGGGUUCUCCUCCUGCCUGGAGCCCAUCUGGGAUGCUCUAUGGACUGAGGUAGGAGGAUGUCAGAGGCUCUAGCAGCUGUUUCCUCCCGCAGUCAAGCACACAGUGAACACAUCCUCACAGACACACUGGGUCAGGCAAGGCAGGUGUCCGCAUUCUCCAGGUUCUGCCUCACCUCCAAGAAUUCAGAGGGCACUUUGGGAUAUAUCUGGGGUCUCCGGCCUUGCCCUGUGUGUUCACUCCUCGUAAAGGCAGGUCCAGCAAUAGGGCAUGAGGUUUGUCACCCUGUGGUCCAUUUCAUAAACACUUCAGAUCCAACUUCAAGCGCUACAUUCUAUCACUAAACCAAUUAUCUAAUCAACAGGUCUUUAUGUAAUAACUCAGAUGUGUGUUUUUUUUUUAAGUUUUCUUAACUGUUUUAAGCCAUUCUGUUCCACAUAUACUAGAUCUGUCCAGUAGCUUGAAAAACAAAAACAAAACAAAACAACAACAACAAAAACACUUGGGGACACACUUAGUUCAAAUCAAUGUGUGCUCCUGUGCGCAUGUGUAAACAUAUGUGUACAUGUCUUAUACAGACAGCAUAGAAUUACUUCUCCUAGGAUCAAGUGAUUAACAGAAGGACCAAAACUAAAUUUGAAUACAGUCAGCUGACCAUCCUUUUUGACAGCAUCCCACAGACCAUGGCAGCACCUGCCAGCCCCCCUCCUUUGGGGGGUGUAGGAUGGGCACAUGUCCCUAGGAUGGGCACAUGUCCCUGACUAGUGCGGUGAGGACCGCUAACUCUCUUCUGCAAAGGGAUUGCUGCAGUAGAACUUCAGGCCCCCGUGCCUUGAGGCAAUCUGUUGCUCCCAUUUCUUUUGUCUUGUUGGUUUGAGGGUUAGGGCCCAUGCGGAUACUGUGCAGAGAGAUGCCAGGGUGAGUGUCCAUCACAAUUCUGAGGGAGAAGCAAAGUGGUCCAUGAACCCUUCCCUCCAAGUUAUAGGAGCUGAUGUAGGGGGCCACGUCCUCCACCUGUUGUGCCAGCUGCUGCCUGUCUGGCUUAUGCAGUGGGAAGAGCAAGACUCAGAAGGCUGUCUUGGGUUGUGGUUCAGAAGUGGCUGGGGAAAAAAGUGUCUUAAAACUCAGAAAAUUGACCCGAGUUGCGCCACGUCCCGUCCUGACAAGUGUUCGGUCGGUUAAAAUCUAGCGAAUGUACUGUGCUUUCUUCAGCGUGUUGCUAGGCCUGCUAAGUCCACGGCCAACCACAGGGAGGGCGCUCAUCCUUGCAUCAUCGCCCCGUUAGUUACCAUCUUUGGGGGCCUUUCAUACGACUGUAAAUUGAUCGAACACGCAUUACUAGUAUUCCCAUCUAGUUUGGCAAUCCCUGGACACCUCCCGUGGAGGAAGUGGUAGGAUGAUCCCCAAUGCGUGUUGUUCAGAGGCCGCCUGCAGAGAGGGAGGGGCUGUACCUCAGUUCCUCUUCUGUUCUGGCCAACCUGUGUGUUUUCUCCUACAGUUAGGGUCUCUGCUAAGCAAACUGAAACCUGUAGGAACUGGGUUGCUGUCAAUGGGACUGGCUGUACAACAAUGCUUACCGUGCGUGGUGCAGGGCACCUCGUGGAGGCUGGUCCCUUGUGGGCAAGGCUUGCUUACACCCCAUAUUUGGGGCAUGUGGCCGAGUGCUGUUUGGUUCUGUAGUCCUUGGCUUCUUGUUGCUAAAUUAGAGCUGUCUGGUUCCUUUCACACCGGUUGCAUUCCUCCAAGGUUACAGACAUCCAGUAAGAAUCUAGAUGCCCAGCUUGAACGAGCCCUGUUUUGUAGCCCUUGAAAUUCUAAAACUUUCUGAAACACAAACUGUCAUGGUGUUCAGUGGGAAUCUUCUAGAAACACUCUUUCCUGCAGAGCCCAGGCCCCACUCUUGUAUUCCUCCUCCACACAGCCAGCCCGGUUCCAGUUACAGCUCUGACCUUCAGCGCUCUACAGCCAUUUCUGUCACAUGCUUCCGGCAGGCACGGCACUGGCCCUGAGGAUGCCUGCCCAGGGAUUAAAGGGACGUUUCGAGGAGGUUCCCCAGGCUUGUAAAGCAAGCAGUGAAGGGACUAUGAUGGAUGGCAAGAAGUACGUCAGCCUAGCCUGUCAAGUAUAAGAGCCCCACAUGCCUUCUAAGUGUGACCUGCCGAUGCCAGGUGACGUCCACUUGAGGUACAUCAGUUUCCAAACACAUAGAGCCGCUUUCUGAGAGUUAGCGUUUCCGUGGAGAUGCUUUCUGAGACUGGCUCCAGAAAUCUCUUAGGCAAGGACAGUUGCAGGCCACUCCAUCUGCCUGUGGGUGAUGCCACCAUCGCCUGUGGCACUGCAGUGGGAAGUGGGCCUGACAGCAGCCAGAACUUGUCUCUUACCUCCCACCAGCAGCCUCCACUCAGCCCCAGGCCCCAGGCCCAUGAAGCACAAGUCUCAGGAGACUGUUCCCAUCCUGUGGGGACCCCAAAGAAGCCCCUGGCAUCUCUUGCAUACAUCACUGGCAGUGUGGGCACAACUGGUCACCAGGAGCACACAUGCCUGGGGAGGAGGGGCUUGUUCUGUUGCCUUCACCCCUGUUAAAACUGAGUAUAUGCAAGCCAUUUGCACUUUGGAAUUGCAUGCCAUGAGAUUCCUAAUUGUAUGCACCUUAGUUUCAAUUUGACAUUAUGUCGCAUGCCCGAAAGAAUGGAUGGCUUGGGCUUGUCUUCAGGUCACCUCUACUGCUUGUUGGGAGCACUCAGUGUUCCCCUCUGCCAGUCAAUUCCAGGUUUUGUGGAACCCAUGUGACUCCAGCAUUUCCUGUCCACCCUAUCCCAUCAGCCCGUGCUCCCUUUCCCACCAUCCUCACUUAAGCUGAUUGCUCACCGGUUUGCACAAAUGGGAAUGUCAUUAUGAUCAUAUCUUAGCAGUAAUUACAUCCUGAUUUCAAGUAUAAGCCCAAAAACCCACUUCUGUAUGUCCUUACUUUGAAAAAAAAAAAAAGGCAUGUAAGCACCUGUGUCCUGUGUUUAUCAAGAAAGCUUCAAGUCCUAGUGGGAUGGAGGGUGCAUGGACAAAGGGGGCAUUUUCUCCCACACAAACUCACCAGAUGCGUCCGUAGCUGAGAGAACGCGAUGAUUAUAGUCACAAUAACUCAAUAUCACUGGGUAACCUCUCACAAUAGAUUUGUAUAAUCAAUACGGGUCUAUUUUUAUGUCAACUCUGUAGAGCACCUUCCAGUCUUUUUCAAGAUUGUUAAACGGAGACAAGUAAUUGAAUAAUUUGUCCUAUUUUUAUUUAAACCGUGAAUGAACUGAAAUGUUAAUGUGAAUGUACAUUUCUUAAUCGCAACUUUUCUACUGAGUGUUUGCACUAUACUCUAUGGAGUCUUAUUUAACAAAAAUAAAAGAGAAAAAUUGCUUGACUAAA